AGUGGCAUUGAGACCGGCCUGUCGAUAACACCGCGGGUUCGCAAGCGAAAGUCCAUCGAGUCCACAUCCUUCCGCUUUUACUUGUACUCUUUCGACACUUUUGUUUUAUACUUUUUACUUUUCUUUCGUUCUACCAAAAACUUUUGAUACUCUUCGGAUUUAAUGUUUCAUCCGACUCCCCUUUGCUUGGUCUUAUUUUCACACGCGCUUUCAACUUGAAUACUCUGCUAAGAAUUUUAAUGUUUCUCAGAUCCAGUGACGAACACUCGAUAUCUCAAUCUUGGAAGUUUAUUAUUCUAUCUAAAAGUUUUAACACUCAACUUCGAUAAUUUUUCUCAAAGUUUGGAAAAGUGGAACGUUUGACACCUCCUCCUCAUCCUCGCACUCUUUCGAUGCCAAGUCAAAUUCACGCGUUCGAAUGUUUUGUUAUUUCACGAAUUCAAUAACAGAGACUCGAUCUCUCGACAUUUGACGAACUGAAGUUUGAACGAGGAAAAUGAAAGCGCACGUUCGCCUACUGACAGUCUCUCGUGCUCUCUAAUUAUCCUUGAAUAAUCGAUCGCGGCUGGUAACGGACAAUGAACAUCGAAAGUGGCUCGUGCAACUCGUUCCCCGUAGUUUCGUGAAUCCUUUCGAGAGAACAAGCCGAUCAAGGAAUCCAGGCGUACAUUCAAAGAUACGAGUCAAGAGAGUGUGCUUUCGUCAUGGUUUGGACGAAGAACGUAUGAUGAGGUUCUCGUGCUUCCCGAGACCAAGUAUCCUGGGACAGAGAGGCAGCAUCAAUCUUGCCUCUUUGUCAGGGAACAACGAGUCGAACAAUGUGAACAACGCGAGCAUAAAUGGAAACGCGAAAAGCCCGGUGGUAACGAGCUACAAGCAAGCUGGUGAACCAGAUCUGAGUCAUGGUGUGAUACGAUCCUUACCUGGUGCUGCGGUGAUAUCUAAUGGUAUCGGCCCACCUGUACACUCCAGCGGGAAAAGCAAGGCACCAUUACCACCUCGACAAAAUGACAAUCAUCUUCCAACGCACCAUGAGAACGAAGAAGAGGCUGCCAGAAGUUCGGACGGUUCUGACCAGCCCGCAAAUCCCAGAGGCGGUGUUAUCGGUAGAACUCCAACACCACCCUCUGCACCAACUCCGAUUUACGAGAAAGACCAAAAGAGUAGACGACAGAUUACAAGGGCUAUUUUGGAAAACGAAUUCCUUGGUAAUCUCGAAGAAAAUCAGGUGGAAGCGCUGGUUUCUGCUAUGUACUCGAAACAAAUACCACCUAAUACUUUGGUGAUUCGAGAGGGAGACAUAGGAUCACAUCUAUACGUAUCAGCAGAGGGAGAAUUCGAUAUUUAUCAGGGUAACAAGUUUCAAAGAAGCUUUGGUCCUGGUGUCGCCUUCGGCGAGAUUGCUUUAUUGUACAAUACCAAAAGACUUCGAUCUAUCAGCGUGAAAAAGGGUGGAAAAGUAUGGGUGCUCGACCGAUCCGUGUUUCUCACUGUGAUGAUGAAAACAGCUCAGGAGAGGCUGGAAGGGAACGUUCGAUUCCUUCAACGAGUUUCUGUCCUACAAAAAUUACCGGAGCCGAAGGAUCAUGUGCUUGCUAAAAUCUCUGAUCUUAUCCGCGUGGAAUUUUAUCCAGCUGGAGCGAAAAUAGUUAAACAAGGAGAGAAAGGCGAUAAAUUUUACAUAAUCAGCGGUGGAAAUGUUAGGAUAACGAAAGACACUCCAGAUGGUGGCGAAGAAGAACUAGUGGUCCUUGGGAAGGGUCAAUACUUCGGAGAAAAAGCUCUUUACGAUGAUAUCGGUGAAAAUCGACGACAUGCUAAUGCCAUUGCACUGGCACCUGGUGUCGAGUGUUUAACAUUGGAUCGACAAUCCUUCCUGAAUUAUUUAGGUGGUCUCGACGAAAUUCGCAAUAAAGACUGGCUGCAGGAGUACGAAAAACAGAAACAAUCCCUGACAUUAAAGAAAUGGACUAAUGAGUACUCAAACGUCACUUUGGCCGAUUUAGAGACCAAAGGUACCUUAGGAGUUGGUGGAUUUGGCAGAGUGGAAUUGGUCGUUCUAAAGUCAGACUCUGAAAAGAGUUUUGCUCUGAAGAAGCUGAAGAAGAAGGUAAUGGUCGAACAACAACAGCAGGAACACGUGUUGAAUGAAAAACACAUUAUGCAAGCCUGUGAUUCUCCGUUUAUAUGCAAACUCUAUCAGACGUACAAAGAUAGCAAAUAUGUGUACUUCCUGAUGGAAGUGUGCCUAGGCGGAGACGUAUGGACAACCCUUCAAAGGAGAAGAUACUUCGAUGACUCAACUGCACAAUUCAUGGUAGGAUGCGUGGUGGAAGCACUCGAUCACCUUCACUCGAUGAACAUUGUUUAUCGUGAUUUAAAACCAGAGAAUCUUAUGCUCGAUACACGUGGAUACUUGAAACUAGUUGACUUCGGUUUCAGUAAAAAGAUUGGACCAUCCAAGACGUGGACCUUCGCUGGUACACCUGAGUAUGUGGCGCCAGAAAUUAUUUUAAACAAGGGGCACGAUAGAGCGGUAGAUUACUGGGCACUCGGGAUUUUAACUCAUGAGCUGCUCAUUGGUAAACCACCAUUUCGAGGUUCCGACCACAUGUCAAUUUAUAACAAGAUUUUAAAGGGUAUUGAGGUAGUUGGAAUACCUAAUUCCACUAGCAGAAACGCCAGUAGUCUCAUCAAGAAACUUCUUCGCCUAAGUCCCUCUGAACGUCUUGGGUAUCAAAGAAAUGGCAUCCAGGACAUUCGAGACCACAAAUGGUUCAACGGAUUUAAUUGGCAUGCCUUGCAAAGAUUAACUUUGCCAGCGCCGAUCGUUCCAACAGUACGAAGUCAGAUCGACACGAGGAAUUUCGAGAGAUACCCGCCAGACCGUAAUGUUCCACCAGACGAGUUCUCUGGAUGGGACGCGAGCUUCUAAAGAGAAAAGAAAAACCACGCGACAGUCAACUUGUCCACGCGUACAUAAUUUGUCCAUCAAUCGAAUGAUAAGAAUCGUGAAAUUAUAGAAAAAGGGAACAAGGACAAAGAACAAAUGUUGUUAAUGAAGGAACAUCGAAUAAAAGUGUAUUGAUAGCGAAAUAAUUAUCAUUAUCUCUAAUCGA